AUGCUCACAAGCGAGAAUGGGUGCAUUGGAGAAAGGAUCUAUGUUCCAGACAAUCUGUUGGCAUCAGUCUCAGCGACAGACGAUCAGCGCUAUUGCAACCAUCAAACCUUCUCCUCAGGCGAGGAGGAUUAUCCAGAGGGCGAGAUUCAUGUUGCCAAGAAGAGAGUGUCAACUAUAAGCUGGUCGGACCGUGGAGGAUAUCAGCCCACGACACGAUACGGCCGUCUCAGCCAGACAUUCGCCAUUGAAGAAGGAAGGGAGAAUGUAUCUCUCUCUGAAGACAGCAAGACGAAUGACGGCCCAUCCUGUCCUUCUAGCGGAUCGAUCUCUCGAGAAGAUCCUGUUUAUAUUUCAUAUGAUGCAGCGUCGUCGCAGGAGGAUCAGGGCGGUCAGUAUACUCGAGCGUCUAUGCAUCCACGGACACACAACAGGUUCAGCUAUCGAAACUCGCUGCCUGUAGGCCAAUCCUUACGGAGCACGCCGCGCGACAUACGAAAAGGCAGCGUCCGGAGUUUGUAUAACAGGGCCGCCCUCGUGAAGAUCAAGCAUCAACGAAGAUACUGGCGUCGACUGUUGUUCGAGUAUGCAGUAUACACUGUCCUUGUACUGUUUGUGUACUUCGUUCUCGUGGGGGUACCUCUGUGGAAAGGAGCAGUAUGGUGGCUUCACUGGAUCAUGCAGAAGAAAACGGUCUUCCAGGGCGGCUGGGCGAUUGUCAUCGACACCGAUAGCUAUUCGUAUACCCCCCUACUUACCGCAUUCGAGGACACCUCUCCUGGACCAGAGUUCUUCCACCAGCGCCGGAUUACUCCAAACCCCACGGACACCGCGCUCCUGAUCCCCUGCUACCGAUCUGCUGCCAUCAUCGGUCGAACCCUGGAGGCCGCGCUGCAAAUCUUCCCAGCAUCGCAUAUCUACGUCGUUGCAAACGGGAACUCGUCCCAACCGCUGGACAACACCGAGGAGAUCUGCCGCAGCUACGGGGUCAAUCACAUAUGGUCACCAGUGGGGUCAAAGAUCAUCGCCAUAUUCAUUGGCUGCUACGCUGUCAAAGACUUUCGAAACGUGCUGUUGAUCGACGACGACUGUAUCCUCCCGCCCAACUUCCCUGUUGUCGUAUCCCGACUCAACGAGGAUGUGCGCUGCAUCGGCUACACGAUCAAGUCCGUUGGACCUGAUUCCUCUCUCGGGUCGUAUUGCCAGCAAGCACAAGACCUGGAGUACAAACUGUCCGGCCUGACCCGGUGUUUCGCGGGGCGGAUCGGGAGCGCGACAUUCCCCCACGGCGCCAUCUCACUGUGGGAACGGACGUUUCUGAAGCGGACCCUCCACAAUCAUCCCGGCUUUUCCAUUAGCGAGGACUGGUUCCUAGGUGAUAGCUGCAGGCGCUUGGGGGGCAGGAUCCAGAUGUGUAGCGCGGUUUUCGUGGAGACCACGACACCCGCCUCCGUGCUGUUUGGCGAAAUCGACGAAGAUCGAGGCGGAUUCGGAGAGCCCACGGUCUUCAAGCAGCGGUUUCUACGGUGGAAUUUCUUCGUCGCCAAUGGGUUGUGGUAUAACCUCUCGUACCUUUUUACGUCGUGGAAGUUGGGCCGGUGGGAAUUCGCGACAAAGCUCUUGGUCAUGCAAGAGAUAUACGAGACGGUUCUGUACAUCCUCACUCCAUUUACGCUGCCAAUAUCGUUCAUCGUGCGACCCGAAUUCUGCAUUGCCCUCAUAAUGGCGACAUUAGGGCUCUAUUUACUCCACAUAAUCAUAUUUAACGAGGUUCAUUUACGUCUGAAGAACGAGCGGAUUUGCUGGAAGGUUGUCCUCGGGUAUUAUAUGCCAUACAAACUCCUUAUGACCUUGACCAACGUCGCCAGCUGCUACUGGUCCCUGGUCAAAUAUGCCCGAUAUUUCGCCCGACGACACCCGAAGCUUACCGAGGACCACAAGGCAGUUGGAAUGGUGUUGAAAUUGGAAGAAAUGACGGACUGCCUAGGGGAAAUGCCCAAGGGCCUGGGAAGAAGUAUGACUGUGCGAACGGUCGACAUCGAUGUGCCUGUAAAUAGUAGAGAUUUCCUCAUUGCCGAGUUGCCAGCGGAGAGAUAUCCUUCUGGUUGA